AUGGUAUUGGCAGCCGUAGCCCAGAUGAAAUCCACGGGCGUGAUCGCCGACAACCUCGCGCAAGCCGUAUCGAUCAUCCGCUCAGCCGCUCGAGCGGGUGCCAAAGCCAUCUUCUUACCGGAAGCGACCGACUUCAUAGCACCGACCGCCAACGUUGCCGCUCUCACACGCUCCGCAGACAACGUCAAAUUCGUGCAGGGCCUCCAAUCGGCUGCAAAGGAAGCAAGCGUCUGGGUGUCGGUAGGAGUCCACGAACCUCCGUCCAAAAGCCAGGAUGACGCUGACAACUCGAACAACAACGGCCGUUUGCGAUGCUACAACACUCAGCUACUCAUCGACCAGCACGGCGAGAUCUUGGAUAAAUACCGGAAGCUGCACCUGUUUGAUGUCGACAUCAAGGGUGGAUUGAAGAUCCUCGAAAGCGAUUCAACCUUGAAGGGCAGCGAGCUGCUGAAGCCGAGGCAAACUCCGUUGGGCAAAGUCGGACUCUUGACGUGCUACGACCUCAGGUUUCCCGAACCAUCGCUCUCAUUGAGAAGGCAAGGAGCUCAAUUGCUUACCUACCCAUCGGCAUUUACCGUAAGAACAGGCGCAGCACACUGGGAAACAUUGCUAAGAGCUCGCGCCGUCGAGACCCAAUCCUACGUUCUUGCAGCUGCUCAGGUGGGAGCACACGAUGGCACCAAGCGUGUCUCGUGGGGUCAUGCGAUGAUCGUGGACCCUUGGGGAUCCAUUAUCGCCCAAUGCCCCGACAUUCAGCCAUACAAACCAACCUUCUGCCUCGCCGACAUCGACCUCGGAUCGCUCGAAAACACACGCAAGGAAAUGCCGCUAUGGGAGCAGAGAAGAGACGACAUCUUCCCUCAAAUCUAA